AUGGCACCCGACGUCCCCGCCGCCCUAUCCGCCAUCGACGCCGCCCACGCGCUCGACCCCAACACCAUCAUCUCCCCAGACUCGCAAAGUCCCGUCCCCUACGAACUCCACUACGCCCUCAAAUGCACCGCCUACCUGCGCAAGCACACGCCCGAGCCCUCCCCGCUCCUCACCGUCGCCGUCCGCGCCCAGCACUUCCGCCGCUGGGAAGUGCCCCGCGACAGCUUCCCGCGCACCAAACCCGGAUAUUUCGCGUGGCGCACGCACCUAAAGAAACGACAGGCCCAGCAGGUCAAGGAGAUCUGCCUGGGCUGCGGCUUCAGCGAGGACGAGGCCGCGCGGGUGGCGGCGCUGAUUGCCAAGGAGGAUCUGAAGAGCGGAGACGACGAGGAGGCGCAGGCGUUGGAGGACGUGGCGUGUCUGGUGUUUCUGGAUGAUCAGUUUGAUGGGUUUGAGAAGGGCGUGGAGGAGGAGAAGAUGGUGGGGAUUUUGAGGAAGACAUGGGGAAAGAUGGGGGGGAGGGGGAGGGAGAUGGUGCAGGAGAUGGAGUUGAGUGAGAGGGCGAAGGAGUUGGUGGGGAGGGCGUUGGCGGGAUGA